AUGGCGCCAUCACUAGAGCCGCGCACCUCUACUGGUGCGUCAGAGAGCCUCGACGACAAUAGCGCCGGCAGCGGCAGCACCAGGCGAUUUUGCUGGGAAUGUCAGCGCCGGGGCUUGGUCUGCGAUUCUAAACGUCCCGUAUGCUCCAGGUGCAAGCUUAGCGGCAUAGUGUGCCCUGGGUAUGAGAACGUGAAGCCUUUGACCUGGGUGGCCCCCAAUCAGGUUACAACGCGGACAUGGAGGAGCGGACGAAAACCGAAAACUGAUAAAAUCGACAUCGCCAAGAAGGGUUUGAAAGGCAGCGGCAAAAGAAAGGCGAUACCAAAAAUUCCAGAAGAAGAAGGUCGCCGGGUACAGCUUAUCCAUGUAUUUCCCGGACAAGAGCUCCGGACGGAAACAUGCGACAUUGCUGAGGCUUCAUUUUAUUGGAACGAACAAGUUUACCCAUACUUCUACGAGAACCAGCUCACUAAGAGCCCGUGGGUUGUACCAAUUUCCCACAUCCACGCUAUGAGACCAUACCGACGGCAUGGCCUAGUCACUAUGGCAAUCGAGCACCGGAUGUCACGCCUAUCGCCUGCAAGGAAUGACGCUUACGCAAUUGAGGUCAGAGCUAGGGCCUAUCAACAUCGUCUUACAGCGAUCCAGGCUUUAAAUAAGGACAUCGAGAACGAGACUUAUGGGGAGUGCAACAGAGCCUAA